CCUUUUCCCAUUAUCUUUCUCUUUCCCUGACCCCCUCAACUCCAACAACAAGAACAAGAAGAAUAAGGAAAAACAAAAUAGAAAGCUCACAACUGCCAACUCAUUUCUCUCUCUCUCUCUCUCCCUCAAUUUUAAUUUUAAUUCUUUUUUUUUUUUUUAAUUUUUUAAUUUUUGAUGCGCUUACGCCUACCCUCCUCCUUGUUCACUCCAAGAAACCCAAUCAAAACCCCACUCUCUCUCUUCCGAUCCGACUCAUCCCUCAUUCCUGUUUCUCUGUUUUCUCAUAGUUGGAGAUCGUCCAGAAUGGCGAUCCCUCCUAAGCUGCUCUCUUCUUCUUCUUCGUCGCUGACGACGGCUACUACCAGUACUGCUACUACUGCUGAUCAAGGUCUCGCUGCUAAACUGUGGAUCAAAUUCCGUCGCGAAUCUGUUUUCGCUAUCUACACUCCUUUUGUCGUCGCUUUAGCCUCUGGGAACCUUAAUAUUGACUCUUUUAGGCAUUACAUCUCUCAGGAUUUUCACUUCCUUAAAUCCUUCGCUCACGCGUAUGAACUGUCAGAAGAGUGUGCUGAUGACGAUGAUGCGAAGCUAGUAAUUGCUCAGUUGAGGAAGGAUGUUAUGCGGGAACUAAAGUUUCACAACUCAUUUAUACAGGAAUGGGGCUUAGAUCCCGCUAAAGAGGGGAAUGUCAAUUCUGCAACGAUAAAAUACACGGAUUUUUUGUUGGCUACAGCCUCUGGGAAGGUUGAAGGAGUGAAAGGUCCUGGGAAACUUGCAACUCCUUUUGAAAGGACAAAAGUUGCUGCUUACACUCUUGGUGCCAUGACACCUUGCAUGCGGCUGUAUGCAUUUCUUGGUAAGGAGUUGCUGGCACUUAUAGAUUCUGAGGAUGGUGGUCAUCCUUACAAGAAGUGGAUUGACAGUUACUCAUCUGAAGGUUUUCAGGCAUCAGCAUUGCAAACUGAAGAUUUGCUGGAUAAACUUAGUGUCCCUUUAACAGGCGAAGAGCUUGACAUCAUUGAAAAGCUUUAUUACCAAGCUAUGAAACUUGAAAUUGAGUUCUUCAAUGUGCAGCCGCUUGCCCAGCCCGUUGUGGUUCCACUGACAAAAGAGCAUAACCCUGCUGAAGAUCGCCUUGUGAUAUUUUCUGAUUUUGAUUUGACAUGCACUGUUGUUGAUUCCUCUGCCAUUCUGGCAGAGAUUGCAAUUGUAACAGCACCAAAAUCUGAUCAGGUUCAACCUGAGAAUCAAAUUGCUAGGAUGCCAUCAGCUGAGCUGAGGAACACUUGGGAUAUUAUCUCUGGACAAUAUACAGAAGAGUAUGAACAAUGCAUUGAAAGACUUCUGCCUUCUGAAAAAGUGGAGUUCAACUAUGAAGCUCUAUGUAAAGCACUCGAGCAACUUUCAGACUUUGAACGAAGGGCAAACUCUAGAGUGAUUGGAUCUGGAGUUCUUAAGGGUCUGAAUCUUGAAGACAUAAAACGAGCUGGUGAACGGCUAAUUCUUCAGGAAGGUUGCACUAGCUUUUUUCAGAAGUUAGUGAAGAAUGAAAGUUUGAAUGCUAAUGUACAUGUGCUCUCAUAUUGUUGGUGCGCUGAUCUCAUCAGAUCUGCUUUCUCAUCAGGGGGUUUGGAUACUCUGAGUAUUCAUGCAAAUGAGUUCACUUAUGAGGAGUCAAUUUCUACGGGUGAGAUUGAUAAGAAGGUGGAAUCCCCUAUUGAUAAAGCUCAAGCUUUCAACAGCAUUUUGAAGAAUUACAGCACUGAGAAAAAGAACUUGACUGUCUAUAUUGGAGAUUCAGUUGGCGAUUUGCUUUGUCUGCUUCAGGCAGAUAUAGGCAUUGUGAUUGGAUCUAGCUCAAGCUUAAGGAGAGUGGGAAGUCAGUUUGGUGUGUCAUUUUUACCGUUGUUCCCUGGCUUGGUUAAAAAACAGAAAGAGCAUACAGAAGGAAGCUCUUUUAAUUGGAAGGGGCAGUCUGGCAUUCUAUAUACAGUAUCUAGUUGGGCUGAAAUACAUGCCUUCAUUUUGGGGUGGUAGCAUUGUUUUUGUUCUCACACUCUUUUGCAAGUUAGUCAGGAAAAAAAUGAAGGAAGCAUUCAUAUAAAUGGAACACAUACAAAUUGGUGGCCUAUUUUAUUAGGGGCCACAAAUCUACUCUUUGCCUUUUUCUUUUCCUUUACAGGGUCGUCUAUCCCGAAACAUAGAUUUCUUUCUGUUGGCUGGGAUAAUGCUGUGAACUGGGUAUUGACAAUCUGCUAACCUUGUCAGUUUGUUGCUGCCCCUGUUUUACAGGCGCCAUUGUUAUUAUUAUUAUUAUUAUUAUUAUUUGUCAACAUUACUGAAUAUCAUGAAUUCGUUUUCCUUCUGUUUUUUUCCCAGGCAUCCAGAGUUUGUAGGCAGCAUGGCAUAUAAGUGGGUAUUCACAAAUGUUGCUACUGCUAUAUUUGUGCUAUUCAUAUGCUAUUGCUAUUCAAAGUUUGGCAAGAAUAGCAAUUCUGGGGAUGAAUACUUUCUGUUCCCUGAUUACUUGAAAAGCGUAGGUUGUUACUGGCAAAUUGUUUGUAUCUUGCGGCUCUCUUUUGGCUACAAAUUUGGAAUACAUGUAUUUAUGGAUGAAGCAUUUAUAGUAUAUAGUGAGGUCUGCUAUUGUAAUAUCAUGAAAAGCUUUGUUCA